AUGUCUGAAGCACAAUCUCAACAUCCGGUGAAGGGCAAGGAGCCUUUCAUUGAGAGAAUUUUCGAGCAUCAUCAUCAUCACAAUCACGAAGAAGACUCCCCGGCCGAUAAGAAGGAUGGAACUUCGAACAACAAGGAUAAGCCGAAAUCCUAUGAAGACUAUCUGAAGAAGGAUGAGGAAGCCCUCAAAGAGUACUACGAGAAGGACAAGGAGAUGGAAGCCGAGGACCAGACCUAUGGAGGAUUGAUGUGA